GCAAGGUACCAUUUAACAGAUUAUCUAUCACAGUAGAAUUGCGAAUAGGACGGCGACAUGAUAAAAGUGAGCAUGCUCAGGCUUUUCAUUAUGUUGUUAUUUUUUUCAACAACCUCAGCUCUACAAUGUCUAAGCUGCCAGAAUGUCCCUGACAAACGAGACUGUCACAAUCUCAUGACAUGUGGCUCACACCAGGAAUGCUACACUAACCGUGUUAUUGAUGGUAGUAGGAGAAAUCUCUACAAUUUAGGAUGUGUUGAUCAGUAUGCAUGCAGUCAGCUUUCCCAAAGUGGACUGGGAAGGAGGGAAAUACGCUCUACAUAUCCUGAUUUCACAUUCUCGAAUUCUGACCACAAACGCAGUGUUAUAACUACUUGUUUCCAGUGCUGCAAUAACUCGGACGGUUGUAACUUAAAUACUUGUGGAAUAGCUCUUAGUCCAUGUGCAACAAAUCCAUGCGUUCACGGCGCAUGCUCAGAUGAAAGCAAUAAUGACUUCCGGUGUACAUGUCACGCUGGAUAUAUUGGUCGGCUUUGUGACUUCCAAAUCUCACCUUGUGCGAGCAAUCCAUGUGCCCAUGGAUCAUGCACCAAUCAUGGCAACGGAUAUAACUGCACGUGUGACUCAGGCUAUACCGGAACUAAUUGUAACCACGCAAUAUCACCUUGUUCGCCCAACCCAUGCGUUGACGGCGUUUGUAGCACUCACGGGAACGGAUAUACCUGCACCUGUGCCUCAGGUUAUACAGGAACUAAUUGUGACCAAGCUGAUCCGUGUAUCUUGGCACGUUGCGUACAUGGUCAAUGUUCCUCUAGUCAAAGUAGCGGUUUCCAUUGCACAUGCGCAGCAGGGUACACGGGUGUUUUGUGUGACACUCCAAUAUCAUCUUGUGCAAGCAAUCCAUGUGUCCACGGAUCAUGUACCAAUACAGGGAACGGAUAUGCCUGCAGCUGUGACGUAGGCUAUAUCGGAACAAACUGUGACAGAGAAAUCAAGGAUUGUAAAGAUAUCCAGAACAACAAUGUUGCAAGUGCUACUGGUGACAAUGUAUAUCUUGUCCAUCUCAACAGACGCCCAGUCAACGUUGUCUGUGACAUGAAAACACUAGGUGGCGGAUGGACGGUCCUGAUGAAUCGAGAAAAUGGAAAACAAAAUUUUGAAGAUCAGGAUUAUUCGUCAUAUGCUUCCGGCUUUGGGGAUAUUCGGGAAAAUUUCUGGCUAGGUCUGAGCAAUAUGCACGAGAUAACCGGGGAUGGACGUAGGUACCAGCUAAGGGUGGAACUCACUAUUGCUAAUGGUAGCAAAUACAUUGAAACUUAUGACGAUUUUUCUAUUGGACCAGCUAAAGACUUUGUAUUGCAUGUUGGAAAUUAUAGAGGAAACGCAGGUGACUCUCUGUCAGGACAUAAUGGUUUUGGGUUUACAAACAAAGAUGUUGAUCAUGACAGUAACCUCGGGACAAACUGCGGUGUCUAUAUGCACGGCGCAUGGUGGUUUCACAACUGCUACGAUUCCUGUUUGACAUGUCCUUACUUGACCCCGGGAACCAACAAGUGUCGGUCAUUCUCCUGGAACAGUUUAGGAUACUGCAUUGCCAUUAAAUCUGCACGAAUGAUGGUGCGACCAAUGUAG